GAUGAAUAUUCGCAAAAUUUUAUUUUGUUUGCUCUACUUUGGAUCAGUUGGACAUUUCGAAAAAUUUCAUUUGGAACAAAUUUCUUGGCAAUCUUUUCAGCGAGUUCUCCUGUUUUCUGCAGGAGCUUUAAAUUCCAAUAAUAGCAAAAUUGACAGAAUAUUUGAACUCGAUAAUGUUAAUAAUGUUGUGACUGUUGAAGAAAACUCUAUUGAACGGUGGCCAUAUUUUACUCAUCUGGAUGAAUACAAAAAUUAUGUAGGAAUUGCUAUGGAUCUAUUACAUUUCGUUUCCUCUGAUCUCAAUUUCACAUUUGACCUGUUCCUGCCACCUGAUGGGAAAUGGGGUGGAAUUGUAAACGGCCGUUGGGAUGGUAUGGUUAGAGAAUUGAUAGAGGAUAGAGGUGAUGCAAUUUUUGGCGCUUUUUCUCAUACUGCUGAAAGACAAGAGGUCAUUGACUACUCAUCGCCAUUUAACUACGUCAGACCUUCUUUAAUAUUUAAAAAUCAUCUAAACGACGUAUUGAAGCCAAAGAGCUUUUUAUUUUUGAAACCAUUUUCAUCUGCUGUGUGGAUUAUUUUAGCAAUCACCAUUGUCAGUAUGGGCUUUAUGCUAUAUCUGAAUAGGGAAUCGAAUGAAAAUUUCCUAUAUACUACUGAACAUCUAUUCUUUUUCGGAUCUAUUGUAAAUCAAGGUGGCAGCUAUAAACUUUCGAAAAGUUCAAACUACUUUUUAGUAUCCGCUUGGUGGCUCUUUUCAAUAACAGUUGUCGCUAUAUUUUCCGGCAACAUUAUAGCUGAUUUAGCAACGGAAAAAUUAAAAAUUCCAUUCAAUUCGUUAGAAGAAUUAUACUCGAGCAAAGAUUAUCAGUUGAUCAUUCUUUCUGGUGGUGCUUAUGAGCAAGUCUUAAGAAAUAGUAAAAAUAGUGUUUAUAGGAAACUGUAUGAUAGUGUUAUUGAAGCCAGUAAAAAUGAACCUGACAUACUAAUACCGGAUGUUAAUUCGGUUAUAAAAUUUGUUUUGGAAGGAGGUUACGCCUACCUAACAACAGGAGCCGAAAGUCUUAAAGUAAAAUAUCCGCAUCUGUCAACGAUCGAGGUAGGUUUUGAAGUUUCGGUAAAUUCGGUUGGUGUUCAGAAAGGAUCUUACUAUAAAGAAGUAAUUUCUACAUCAAUUCUUAAAGCAUUCGAAAGUGGUUUAAUUGAUAAAUGGAGAAAGAAAUGGUUAAAACUCGGCACGUCCAAUUUGACAACGUCAACGAAACUUAAUCGUAACGUUAGAAUGAUUGAAUUAAGAGAUAUAGCCGAUGUAUUCUAUGUAUUAUUUGGUGACUAUAUUCAAAAUAUAAAGGCUUUUCAACAAAUAAUUAAUAUAGCCCUUAUCAAUACGACGGAAUAUUCUGGAUAUACUCAUUGUUUUCACAAUGGACCAUAUAAAAGACAUUGGCAAAAGAUAGGCGUUACUAAAGAUCAUUUCCUGACAAAGCAUCACCUAUUUCCGUUUUCAAAGUAUGGUUUUAAUGGGAAAAAAAUGAGAGUUGGAUCAAAUUACUGGACAUCCUAUUUAGACCUUAAUCCAUCGAACGGAAAAUACUCUGGAUUAAUAAUUGAUUUAACUAAUUACAUAGCUGGAGAUCUUAAUUUCACGUAUGAAAUUGUUCUUCCAAAAGACAUGUCGUGGGGUACGCUAAAGAAUGGAACUUGGAAUGGUCUUGUAAAACAGAUAUUAGAUAAGGAUAUUGAUUUUAUUAUUGCACCUUUAGUGAAUUCUCGGAGAUUAACUACCGCGUUGGUUAGUUUCAUCAUUAGUAUAAUUGAUGUUAUGGAUAAGAAACGUUUUAGUCCAUCCAAAAAUAUCUUAUUUGUUUUCGGAUCUGUCUUCAAUCAAGGUGGUUGUCUAACAUCAGAUCAUAGAAUAUCAAAAAGGAUCGUUAUAUCUAUUUGGUGGCUAUUUGCUAUAACUCUAGUUGCUACGUAUUGCGGUAACAUAAUCGCUUAUUUGGCGAUAAACUCAGUGAAAUUACCAUUUAAUUCUGCUGAAGAUCUCAUUGAUAAUAAUGAUUAUAAAUUCCUUCUUUUGCCUGGUUCAUCCGACUACGAUUUAUUUCGAAACAGCACAAAGAGGCCCUAUAAACCACUCUGGACAAAAUUUCAGAAUCUUAUUUCUAAAGAGCCUGAUCUAUUAACAACGGACUUUAACUAUAUCUUUAACAAAGUUUUACAAGGAGGUUACGCUUUAAUUACAACAAGAUUGUACAGUUUGGAAGAAAAGUAUCCUCACCUAAGUCGAACAUCGUCUAAUUUAGAAUUAAAUUUCUACGCAUGCGCAGCUGGAAAAGAAAGUUCCUAUACUUCGUCUCUUUCGCAAUCAAUAUCAAGAACUGUCGAAUUUGGUAUUAUAAAGAAAUGGGAAAAUAAAUGGUUUGAAACUCAAAAAAGACAACUUUCAAGUGACAAAUCAAACUUUCACGCAGUUGUCAAAAGUAUACUUUUAUCGGAUGUCAUUGGAGUGUACAUUAUGUUGGCAAUUGGUCUAUCAGGUGCUUUUAUUUCGUUGCUUUUAGAAAAGUACAUCAAAGCUAUGGAGUCGAGGGAGAAAUUGCUUAUGAAGUCGAAAUGA